AUGCACUUCACCACCCUACUCGGCACGACGAUUGCUCUCUUGGCGGGACAGUGCGCCGCCGCCUCCCCCUCCACACCAGCCUCCUACUCCGCCGAGGCCGCCGCCGCCGCCGCGCUUGGCCCCCUGACCAGGAUCGACAAGCCGUUUACGCAGUGCCGAAUCACAUAUACGGCGCCGAACAAGAAGCCGGUGGUCAACAAGCUCGGGCACGGAGGCACGGCUAAGCUGUCGGUGGACGGAGUGACGUACACGGCCGUCGCCGACGCAAAGUGCAAGCUCGUCGUCGUCGGCAGCCCGUGGCCCGCGGGACAUUUUACGGUGGGUCAGGUCGUCAAGGGAAAGGUUGGCGUCCCGCCGCGUAUGGAGAUUUGGGUCGACGAGGAAGACAUUGUGCCCAAGAUGUCGAGGCUCGGAUUGGGGCGACGCCCUGGCCGGGCGCGUCAUGGUCAAUAA